UCCGACUUUAAAUGGAAUAUCGAAAAAAAGCUAAAAAUCGCUUCCUCCUUGUUUAUGCAUCACAAAGUGGCCAAGCCAAAGCUAUUGCUGAAGAAAUUGCAGACACUGCUCCUGAUUAUGGCUUAAAGGCAGAUUUGUAUUGCAUGAGUUUAUGUGACAAAAGGUUUUGCAUUGAAAGAGAAACGUGUGCUGUGUUUGUUGUAGCUACUACUGGCGACGGUGAAGCACCUGACACUGCCCAGAAAUUUGUGCGCCGUUUGAGUCGGCAUACAUUGAGAAAAACCUACUUAGAGAAUCUCAAUUAUGCUUUAUUAGCUCUUGGAGACUCCAACUACAUAAAGUUUUGCCUUUUUGGACGUCUUCUUGAAAAAAGGUUAAAAACUUUGUCUGCUAAGCCUUUCUAUCCAACUGGUUAUGGAGAUGAUGCAUUCGGAAUUGAAACAGCUGUAGACCCUUGGAUUAGAAAUCUUUGGCCUGCCUUGCAUCAACAAUUGGGUUUAAAUUACAAAAAUGAAUCAAAUUUUACAACAUCUGAAGAUUUUAUGAGCAUCAUUGAUCAGUGUAAAUCCAUAAGCAUGUCUUUAAAUCAUCAAAUACCCCACAGUUGUUCUGAUGACUGUAAAAUUACUUGUACUUUAUGUACAGUCAUAAAGGAUUUCAAUCCUGAAAAGGUUCAAAUUCCAAAAUUCCCAUCUCCUAGCCUUACUGUUACAUUUGAGGAUGAUUUGGAAAAUCUAGUCGAAUUCGUUCCAGACGAAAGUGUUCUGGUUUCAUCAUCGUCGGGUCUUUUAAAAGCUGAUCUUAUUUCUGCAAAAAAACUGACUUUUGGAGAAAAGGUGAAAAGAACUCUUGAACUAACAUUGGAAUUUCAGGAAGAAGCUAUAUCUUAUCAACCUGGAGACUCCUUUGGUUUUAUUUGUCAGAACUGUGAUACUGAAGUAGAUGCAUUGAUUGACAGGUUAAAGUUACAGCAGUAUUCUAAUUGUUCUACCAAAAUAUCACUGCAUCCUAAUUGUACCAAUAAGAGGAAACUUCCAACUCAUAUUGCAUCACAAUUAUCAUUGAGAGAUAUAUUUUUGCAUUGUGUUGAAAUUCGUUCUGUCCCUAAAAAGAUACUACUUCGGAUAUUAGCUGAAUAUACUGAAGAUGUUCAAGAGAAACUGUGUCUUCUGUAUAUGUCUUGUGCAUCAGGUUCUCAGUUUUACUCUGAUUUCGUCAGGAAACCUUCAUUAUGCAUUCUGGAUAUUUUGUCAAUGUUCAAGACAUGUUACCCUCCUGUUGACAGGUUGAUAGAACACCUUCCACCACUAAAACCAAGAUUUUAUUCUGUUGCCAGUUCUCCGUUAGAAAAUCCUCAGCGCUUCAAAAUAGUGUUCAAUGUUUUGGAGUUUAGUAAAAGUGAAGGCAGAGCACAAGAGAGACAUGGAGUUUGUACUGGCUGGUUGAAUAAAUUAUCUAACAAGUUUUUGACAAAAGAUGAUUCUUCCGUUAUGUCAACUAUAGUAGAUGGUGUUUCAUCACUCUCAUUGGACAACCAGCUAUUGUAUGUUUACAAGCGAAAAAAUGACCAUUUCCAACUUGGAAGUAGUAUAGAAUGCCCAGUUAUUAUGGUUGGCCCUGGAACUGGAAUAGCACCUUUUGUUGGAUUCUUACAUCAUAGACAAAAGUUAAAGCAGCAAGACACAGAGACAAAACAUGGAGAAACAUGGCUGUUUUAUGGCUGCCGUUACUCAGAAAAUGACUUCCUUUACAAGGAUGAACUUCAAAAAUUAGUGGAAGAAAAAGUACUGAAUCAUCUUUUACUAUCAUUUUCUCGUGAAUCAUCGGAUGCAACAAGAUGUCGUUAUGUUCAUGAAAACAUUAGGAAGAAUGCAGAGGAUGUCAAUCGCCUUAUUGAUGCUGGUGGUAAAAUAUUUGUUUGUGGAGAUGCAAAAUAUAUGGCUCAUGAUGUACAAAAAGCAUUUGUUGAAGUCAUUCAAUCAUGCAGAGGCAUAAGAGAGUCGGAAGCUAUUUCUUUUGUGGAAAACUUACAAAAGCAGCACAGAUAUAUCAAUGAUGUAUGGACAUAAUGAAGCUCACUUGUAAUCCUUGUAAAGAAAUUUUUUUAUAAUAAAUGACUGUUGACAU